AUGAUAGAGUCUAGAAAAGUUCAUAGAGUUUUAGGUGUACUAAAACCUACAAAUAUGUAUGCGGAGUCAAGACGGAGCAAGCGUUUCUCAGACAGAGUCAUAAUUAAUCAACAUUUUACUGAAAGAACACUUACGCCAGGUGGAGAUGUCAGCCUUCAAUGUGCAGCAAUCGCAGAUCGUCCACCACAAUUCUCGUGGCAUCGCGAUGGGAUCCCAGUAUCUAGUAACACUGACUCCAGAUACGCAUUUGGUCAAAUCAUGAGACCUGAUGGUUCUGUGUUGGCUCAGUUGAAUAUAACCAGGCUUCGAGUAGAAGAUGGUGGGUUUUACUCCUGUACAGCAACUGAGGGAGACCAAGUGGCGUCUCAUGAGAGCAGACUUGACGUUUAUGGUCCUCCAUAUAUAAGAGCCUUACCCCCGAUUAAGGUGCAGAGUGGUGAAUCACUAAAUCUACGUUGUCCAUUUUAUGGCUACCCAAUUAGUAAAAUCGACUGGGAAUUCAAAGGUAAGAUUAUAACACCAAAUAAUCUAUUCCCGAGUCGCUACAAACGUAACCAACGAAGAAUACUUAGUAGCAGCUACAAAAUAAGUACAAACAAUUUUAAAUACAUGAAUAAUAAAGAAAUCGCCGGCGGCCAAUCUCUCAAUUUGAAACGAAAACCGCGCAGUGCUGCCAACAUACACGGAGUUUUAACCAUUCCGGAAGUUGGUAAAGCCAACAAUAACGCAAAAUAUACAUGCACAGUGACCAGUCCGUCUGGAGAAAUGGCCAGACGUGAUUUUGACAUUAAAGUCAUAGAAGCACCAGUUCUGGAUGACCUGUUGCUAGGAAAUAAUUUGCAGGAAGGUCAGGUUGCGAAUAUUUAUUGUAAUGUGCGAACAGGAGAUUUGCCGAUACAUUUCGAAUGGUUGAAGGACGGAAAACGGAUUCCUAGUAAUUUAAAGGUGGUGGAACGGAGUUCGGAACUAUUCAGCGCGUUAGUGAUCAAAAGUGUUGCGCUGGAGCACUGUGGUACCUACACCUGUGUCGCCACAAAUCACGUUGCCACUGUCAAUAAAUCUACAGAACUUUAUAUUAAAGUCGCACCGAAGUGGUUGUUGGAACCCUCAAAUUCAUCAGUAGUUCUUGGGAAAAGGGGAAUCGUAUCAUGCAGUGCUACCGGAUACCCGAUACCACAGGUACACUGGAUGAAGAAGGAUGCAAUCCUGGGAACCUGGCAGCCAGUGCUAGAACUAGCUGGCGGUGGAAUCUUAAGUCUGGCAAAUGGUUCAUUGGUGAUAGACGAGGUAUCCCUGACUGAUGAGGGAUUGUAUUCCUGCAAUGUUGAAAAUGGAGUCGGCACGCCGCUCAGCAAAACAAUUUGGAUCACUGUUAAUAAACCUGUACAUUUCGUAACAUCAUCGCCAAACGUGACGUCACGUGCGGGCCUCCCCCUGUCCUUCGAGUGCGUUGCUAGAGGCGAUGAGCCCAUACAAAUACAGUGGACCCAAAACGGAAAUGUUAUUAACUUUCGUAAUCACAGGUUAAAACUAUCAGAAGUGAAAACGUCAUCAGCGAUCACCAGCUCAAUCACCAUCAACUUCGCUGAGACGAGGGAUGCGGGCGUAUACCAAUGUCGAGCCAGCAAUCCUUAUGGCGUAGCUAAUUAUAACUUGUACAUACAUAUAUUGGAACCUCCAACGCCUCCAACGGAACUGCGGGUGGAAUCGGUAAACUCUCGGACAGCGACGAUUUCAUGGCGAGGAAAGUCGGAACAUUACACAUUGCAGCAUGCACCAGCUAAUGUACCGAGAUGGGAUGGCGCUGACACCAUCAAUAUAACUAGCAAAGACGACGACAUCCGCCAAGUAUACAAGCUCCAGAAUUUACGUCCAGCAAGCUCAUAUUCCGUGCGAGUUGCAACUGUCAAUCAAGUAGCACUCAGCCAUUUUACUGACCCAGUCCAUUUUACCACGGAAGAAGAAGCUCCAUCAUCAGCGCCGCAGCAGCUUCGCGUUUCUCAAACUGACGAACCAGGCGAGCUUUACCUUAAAUGGUCACAACCAGACAAAAAGACACAUAACGGGCUCAUCACUGGCUAUCAUAUCAAGGCUGUUCCACAAAAUAUUGGGGCAGAUGAAGGAGAAACAAAGACGCUAAAAGUGUCUCAUCAGGCUGGGAAACUGGAGACUACUGUCAGAGGGCUUCUGAAGAAUACUCGGUAUGCUGUAUCUAUAGCAGCUUCUAACAGCGCCGGCAUUGGUCCCUAUUCCACACCAGUAUUUCAGGAGACUAAAGCUGGAGCACCAGAGAAUGCCCCAACAUCUGUGGAAUGUACCGCGGUUUCCCUACUUCAGUCAGAAUAG